AUGGUGGACAAGGGUAAAUCAGUUGCUCUUCGGACAGACCCCGUCGUUAUCGACGCCUUGGCUGAACAUACGGCAACGAUAAUCUUCAUGCACGGCCUAGGCGACACCCCAGAUGUACUACUUGGGCCGAUUGAGCAUUGGAGGGGGAGAGGGCAAGUCGACCACAUCAAGUUUGUACUUCCCUAUGCGCCUGUAAUUGCAUUCACGGCGAAAGCGGGGGAGUUUAUCCCUGCGUGGUUUGACAUUCAAGUCUACGACGGUUCGCCAGAUGCGCUCCAGACUGAUGAGGACGUAGACGGCAUUUUCGCCAGCAGAGACUACAUCCAAAGCCUCAUCAAGGAUGAAAUCAAAGCUGGAACUCCGGCAGAACGCAUCUUGCUCGCUGGCUUCUCACAGGGUGGAGUGGUGGCAGUUCUCGCCGGCCUGACGUUUCCGCAGAGUCUUGCUGGCGUCGUGCUUCUCUCGGCAUGGCUACCACUCAUCGAAAACUUCAUGGAAUACGUCCCGGACGAUAAUGCAAACAAAGAGACGCCCAUCUUUCUGGGUCACGGCAUAGAAGACCGCAUGGUGACGCUGGGGUUGGCCAAGAAGAGCCGAGACGCGCUGACGGCGAUGGGAUUCUCAAUCUCGUGGGAUGUGUAUCCCGGACUGGGUCAUGCGACUUGUGAGGACGAGCUGGACGAUGUAGAGGCCUUUAUCGACGAGAACUUGUCUUAG